CCCACCGCCCACCAUCCACUACCAUCCCUUCCUGUCGGUUGAGGCAUCUCUUGAUAAGUGUUGGCCGUUGGGUGAACCUCCCACAGCUCUGCCCACCUUCCCAGCCAUUACAACUCUCGUGGAUCUGUUGACUCAUUAGCAGACAGUCAUCUCCACGGCUCUGCCUCCUCCCACUGCCAUCCAAGCCUUUAAAUACCGUAUCCACUUGGCUGUCCUCUUCUGCUCCCAACUCAUCGCUCCCAUCGCUUCAACUUUAUAGUCGGCAACCGAUCCCUGAAUGGUGAACAUGUCCGCUUAGAUACCGCCUAAUUUCGACCAACUCGGCCAAAAGCUGACCCGUCACAAGUCUCCUUUGCUAUCCUCUGCAAACAUCUUGAACCCUUUUUUCUGUUAGCUGACCCCACAGAGUGUUGAGAGAUACUUCAAACAUGAUUCCUCGGUCAUUGAACUUGUUCCCUUUGCACCAAACCUGCACGAAUACCCAAUCCGUUGUAAUAUUACACCUACUACUCCUGGCAGCCCUGAUAGGCACCGCUCACGCAUUGCUCUGAGAGCUUUCUAAGCUAUUAUUGACAUACCACGGAGGGAACUGGAGGUCAGGGAUACGUGGGGGGAUACAGGAGCUGCUAUUUGUCGGUCAACUUCGGUUCCGCUCUUUCCUGCCCUAUUCGCUUUAGGGUGUGGCGUGAGCUAGGGCCCAACUCUCGAGGGGAGAGCUUAUCCACGCACUUACCCCGGCACUCGCCUAUCCAAAGGCCAAUCCCUCGAUUGUCGUUUAUCAUGUCUAGCAUCUUUACUUUUAAUCCGUCGCCCCCUAAACCCGCCUCUCCAUGGGCAAAUAACACCCCCGCUCACCCUACUCCAUCGACAACGCCUAAGCCUGCGACUGGGUCGCUGGAUCUAAUCACUCAUGAUACUCCCGGGCAUUUGAGAAUCAAUAACAACUCCGGAAAGAUCCGGAACCAUUUCGUGGGGGAUAGUGAGAGGGGAGGGGUGGCCACCGUCAGUGGGGAGACCGUGAGAGGAUUGGCCGCCGAACCCCAAAUGGGCGCCACUGAAUACAAACUGAGUCUUGUCAGAGGUGGAAAGAGUGAGGCGCGAUUGGACCAGUUGGUGACUCAAUUGCUCUGGCGAUUGCAACAGAGCAGCCCGUGCGUUGCUUCCAUCCCCGGAAUUUGGAACUCGGGCCUCCGUUGCUGAUUUGUCUACGAUCUCAGGUACCACGCCAACUCUCUUGCCUCAAAGUCUCCCGAAGCCAUCACCUCACUAGUUCAAGAGUCUCAAGGCGCGCUCUACGAAAUCGGAGUUGCUGAUGAUGGCAAACUUAUCGGACUUUGCGAGGAGGAGCUUCAAGCAUCUCUCGACACCCUACGCUUAAUGGCUGCGAAACUGGGAUGUACUGUGAGGGUACUUCGCAGAGAAGCUGUCGGUACGGUCACCGAGUGGGAUCUACGGCGCACUGAAGGAAAGCAGGCCGAACUUAUGAGGUCUAAGCAACGGAGUCGGGAACGGUCUGAAAAGGUUAUGCUUCCGGGGGACGAACGCGGUGUGGAAGAGGAAGGCUUCCCAGGCUCCGAGGAGAGCUUCGGUGUUCCCAAGGUUGGCGACCCGCUAUGGGUCGUGGAAGCCUUUGUCCAGCCGGGCCAUGGUCAAAAUUCCGUGUCCGGAAUGCCUACGCCAGAACAAAAUGCGGCGCGUAUAGAGAUUAGAGGGAAAACCAAACAACUUAGGAUUACGCUCACGGGAGCCACUGCCUGUGGAAAAACCACGCUCCUGGGGACCUUAAGCACCGGUGAGCUCGACAAUGGGCGCGGGAAAAGUAGAAUCUCACUGCUCCGCCACAGACAUGAAUUGGUGUCCGGUAUUACCUCGUCCGUGACCUGGGAGAUCUUGGGCUACAUGCCCGAGGAUUCCAAAGCGAAGCCCGAGCCCACAAACUGCAAUGGGGGGCCGUCGAGGUUAGUGAAUUAUGCAUCCGGCAAUAUAUCUUCUUGGACCGACAUCCACGCAGCGGCAGAUGGUGGAAGAAUUGUUUUUCUGUCAGACUCUGCUGGUAACCCCAAAUUCAGUAGAACAACCUUUAAAUCACUCAUUGGAUGGGCACCACAUUAUGCUGCUUUUCUCGUCGCUGCGAAUGACGAUGAGACUUUGGAUACCGGAGGGAAUGAGGAGAGGCCUUCGGGUUUGAGUAAACCUAGCCUUGCUCAUCUUGAUCUUUGCUUAAAACUAGGUCUGAGGAUGGUCGUCAUCUUCACGAAGCGGGACCUGGGCACCAAGACAGGAUUGAAGAAAGUGUUUGGGAACCUGUUGACUAUCCUAAAACAGAAUAGGAGGAAACCUGUUGCGCUCUCUACUAUUGCAAGUGUCGGGGACGCCGUGAAGCUUGUGGAAGAUGAUCCCGAACACACCGUACCCAUUUUAUUUACCUCAUCCGUCAACGGACAGGGUGUUGAUCUGCUUCAUGAGUUGAUGAUGAGAUUGCCAGUGCCUGAGCCUCCUAAGGCACCGGUAGUGGGAAACAUUCCCGAGCCUUUAUCGGGUAACAGCUUGACAGGUGUCAGGAAAGCAGUGUGGAAGGUUAGAAAGAGCGAGGGAGAUCACGGGGUUGCGACAGAGGAAGCCGGCGGACUGUCCACUUUGUUCCACCUUGAGGAAAUCUACGGUUUUCAGCCUGCGCAUAGUUCAGGAGAUGGGAAUGGGGGGGCUGUGGUUGGUGGGCAUGUCAAGUACGGGAAAAUCACUAUAGAUGACGAGUUGUUAAUCGGGCCCUUCCCGCCAGCCGAUCGUACAAGUGGCCCACCGUCAAUGGAAGGGACGCCUGCUACUCCUACCUCUCAUCCCCUGCUAUCGCCAUCGGUUGGUAAUUUGUCGGGGCUCUUGUCCAAGAGCCUAGAUAGUGCUGACGAGAUGAGAGCCGCCCCUCCUAAGCGAUUGGGAGCAAAAAUCACUCAUGACGACGACACUGGACAUAGCGAUAUGUGUGGCGAGGAAUGUGAGUGGAAAUUGGUAAAGGUUGUCUCUGUUCGCAGGCUAAGGCUGCCGGUGAAUACUCUCUUUGCUGGUGAAGCUGGUACCCUCGGGGUCGUGCCCAUCCAGCAGGAACCCUAUCUCGAUACAUUUCUCGCAGCCUCAGUAAUGAAUUUACAAUUGCAUCUGAGCGGGCUAGGCGGUGAGACGGGGUCAGAGAAUGGCAACGGCAUCAGGAUACAAGAUGAUUUCUCAAAUACCCCGGCAAACGGCGCAAAGGCCGUAGAAUUCGCGAAUUGUCCAACCGUUACCCCACCCUUUUUCUCCACAAAGCUCCGAAAGGGUAUGGUAAUCUUCAAUCGCCGUCCUUCCUCCGGUGCGAACGCUUGGCCACGGGCGUAUGCUGGCUUUACGGCUAAUCUCGGCGGCGAAGCUAACUCCCUUGUUCCCGGCAGCAGCGUAGUCGUGUACAUUGCUUCUAUCCGCGCCAUUGCAAGAGUUAUCUCAAUCGACCCUCCACUGAUUAGGAACGAUGAGAUAUUUAGUCUCGAUGAUGAGGGGAUACAAGAAGCGGAACAGGUAGAUGAUGGAGAAGGAGCCGGGAGGAAAUUUAUGUUUGAGUUUGAUCGGGCGCGGACGGAGUGGAUUGAAGUAGAUGACAGGGUGCUGGUGGUUCCUGGUGGAGGAAAGAGGGGGUUGGACGCAUUUGUGGGCAGGGUUCUCGGGAGACAGUUUUAGAGUGGUGGAAUCGUGGGUGGGUAGAAUUUGCCGGCCGUGACCAAGUUGACUUUUUUUUAUUUUCUAUUUUGUUUUGUUUUCAUUAUCUGUUUUCGUAGCUGUUGCGAGUCAUAAUGUUCUUGUUAGUGUAGAGAGUUUACCCAGGCGGUGAAUUUAGAUUAUAUAUAU